CUUUAUUUCUUAACCUGUUCAUUACCAUAACUAUUGCAUAUACCCCUGCCAGUCGUUAUUAUCAAGGCAGCGUCAUUAUUGAAAAUAAAAUAUAUUUCUUAGGUGGUAUAGACAUUUCAGGCAAGGGCACUAGUGAUCUAUUCUAUUUAGAUGUUUCGUUUCCAUUCAACUCUGCUAAUCCAAAAUGGACUGAUCUUACGAGUGUUGCUCCUAUUCCUGUCACUAGUGCAUUCGCACCUUCUUGUGUUGGUGGGAGUAACAAUUCCACUAUUUUCUUAUUUGAACAUCGUAGAACAAAUAAUGCUAAUUCAACUUCCUUAGUUACUUUUACUUUUGAUACAUCAUCUCAAAAAUGGACUGCUCCAACAAUGUCUGGUGUUAUACCACCUCCUAGACAGGAUAUGAGAGCGGUUGUUGAUAAAACCGGUAAAAUUUAUAUUACUGGUGGAUUUGAACCAUAUACAACCUUUAAAUCAUAUAAUAACACUUACAUAUUGGACUCUUUGAGCUUAUCUUGGACUAAUGGUGUUAAUGCUUUGCUGGUUCGGUCUGCUUAUACUGCUACUCUUUUACCGAGUGGUGAUAUCGUAUAUAUAGGAGGAGUAAAUGACGAUCCAAGUCCAGAAAUUAAUAUGAACUCACUUUCAAUUUAUAGUACAAAUACUGGAUCUUGGACUUCAAUGAUUGCAACUGGCGACGUAAUUGCAGUCCGUCAAUCUCACACAGCCGUACUAAAUAAGGAUGGUUCUAUUAUUAUUUAUGGAGGUGCUUCUAAUAAUUACACUGCAGCCCCAAAUCCGUCUUUGGCUGUAUUGGAUACGAAUUAUAAACCUUAUAGGUGGUCUGCAAAACAAUUCACUAGUUCAUUUGCUCCACCUCCUCUUGCCUAUCAUUCUGCUCAUAUUGUUGGCGACUACAUGAUCAUAGCAUUUG